AUGCUCGGGGUACAAGAUAACGAGGCUCUGAUACCACUUGGGAAGGAUAGGAAUGUCAAUGGGUAUGAUCCUGAGGCAUCUAACCCGAGGGUCAGGUUCAACUCCGCCAUCAGCACUGAAAAUCCCAGCAUCCAAAAGAAUGAUGUCGAUGAUCUGGAGAGUUCGAAACAGCUGCUGCAGGAGGAUGUCAUAUCCCCUGGCAACCUACAACAUAUUCCAAAAGAUGCACAGAAGCCAGGGGUGGUAACUCUUUUGUACGGUCCGCCAGGAUCUGGAAAAUCACAUCUGGCCAGAACUAUUGCCAAUGAAAAUGAGUCAACUUUAUUCAGCAUAUGUUCUUCGGACUUUGUCUCAAAAUGUCCGGUAGAGAGCGAAAAGCGAGUUGUUGAAGUCUUCAAAACCUCUCGGGAAAAGGCGCCCUCACUUAUCUUCGUUGAUGAAAUUGAUUCUUUAUGCGGUCAUUGUGGAGAAGGUAAUGAAAGUGAAGCGAGAAUCAAGACUGAACUUCUGGUGCAAAUGCAGGGUAUAGGCCAAAAUACUGGAGUUCGUGUUAUCGCUGCCACAAACAAGCCAUAUGCUCUGGAUCAGGCUGUGCGGAACCUGUUUGACACGCGCAUCAAUGUUCGUUUGCCUGACCUGGAAGCGAGGCUGCGUGCGCUCAAGGCCUAUCUUGGUGGAGCACCGCAUGAGUUAAGCGGAGGGGAUUUUGAGGAUUUCGCCCGGCAGCUUGAAGGAUUUUCAUAUGUGGAUAUCGCUGCAUGUGUGAAGGAGGUGCUUGCUGAAGUCACGCAGGUCGCAAAGAGGGCCGAGUUCUUCAUUCCGGUUUAUGGCGAUGAUGAUGGUGAUCUAGCUGUGUGCAACUGGAUACCGUGCCGCUCCGAGGAACCAGGUGCUCUACGACGGACAAUGAACGAGCUUGCGAUGGAAGGCUUUGCCUCGCGGAUUGUCGCACCCGCAGUGCUGAGGAUGGAUCUCCAGGAUGUGAUCGCAAGGCACAGCCCGAGCGUCAGCGUCGAGGAGCUGGAGCAGUACGAAAGGUUCAGUGAGGAGUUUGGCAAGCAGGGGUGA